AUGCAGCGGCGGCGGGCCCACACGUGGGCGGGGGUGGGGAAGACGGCGCAGGCGGCGGCGGCGCACUCCGCGCUCUUCUGCUUCACUCUCUUCCUCGCGCUCAGGGUCGACGGACGCACCACGUACUCCUGGUGGAUAAUAUUCGUUCCACUAUGGCUCUUUCAUGGUAUUGUUGCACGUGGAAGGUUUUCAAUGCCUGCCCCUUCAUUGCCUCAUGGCCGUCAUUGGGCACCCUGUCAUUCGAUUGUUGCAGCGCCUUUACUAAUUGCGUUCGAGUUGCUUCUUUGCAUAUAUCUUGAAAGCAUAAGAGUUAGAAAUCAUCCAUCUGUUGAUCUGAAGAUUGUGUUCCUUCCUCUGUUGGCCUUUGAAGCAAUUGUCCUUAUUGACAAUUUUAGAAUGUGUAGAGCUUUAAUGCCUGGAGAUGAAGAAAGCAUGAGUGAUGAAGCUAUUUGGGAGACACUUCCUCAUUUUUGGGUUGCAAUUUCAAUGGUGUUUCUUAUAGCUGCUACAACAUUCACCCUUCUCAAGCUGUCUGGUGAUGUUGGUGCUUUGGGAUGGUGGGAUUUGUUUAUAAAUUAUGGGAUUGCGGAAUGCUUUGCAUUUCUUGUCUGUACAAGAUGGUUUAAUCCCAUGAUUCAUAAGUCUCCCACUCAUGGGGAGGCUAGCUCAUCAUCAGCGGCAAUUAGAUACCGUGAUUGGGAAAGUGGUCUUGUCCUCCCAUCACUAGAAGAUCACGAACAAGAGAGGCUUUGUGGUCUCCCUGAUAUUGGGGGCCAUAUAAUGAAAAUACCUCUUGUGGCUUUCCAAGUAUUGCUUUGUAUGCGGUUGGAGGGCACACCAGCAAGCGCUCGCUACAUCCCAAUAUUUGCUCUUUUCUCGCCACUAUUUAUUCUGCAAGGUGCUGGUGUCCUUUUCUCUCUUGCAAGAUUAGUGGAGAAGGUUGUUCUGCUACUGCGUAAUGGGCCAGUUAGUCCUAAUUACUUUACAGCCUCAUCAAAAGUUCGCGAUUGCUUUGCUUUUCUUCAUCAUGGUUCAAGGCUUCUUGGUUGGUGGUCUAUUGAUGAAGGGAGCAAGGAAGAACAGGCCCGGUUGUUUUAUACUGAAUCUACUGGAUACAAUACAUUUUGUGGCUAUCCACCAGAGGUGGUUAGGAAAAUGCCUAAAAAGGACCUUGCAGAAGAGGUUUGGAGGCUACAGGCAGCGUUGGGAGAACAAUCUGAAAUUACCAAGUGUACCAAACAGGAAUAUGAAAGACUUCAAAAUGUAUUGCCCCUUGCUGUGACUGCAUUCUUAUUUUUCCAUCUGAAGCAUAUUCACUCCAUAUGCCCUUACACAAAAGGAAUCAUUUAG